AUGCAGCCGAACCCUUCUCGUCGCCUCAUUGGGCCCAUACCCCUGAAAUGGUUGUGCUACUGCUGUAUUCAGAGAUCCAAUAAAAGAAGACAUAAUGCCAGUAUUACCUUUAUCAGUUUCUACAUCAAAGACCCACAGUUUGCCAGUAAUGUUCUGGAAAAAGACGAACCCUUUGCUAGUAGUAGGGAUGGGUGCUUUACGUAA